GGUUUGGAAUUUUCAGCUUGUUGUUCUCAUUGCCUUUCUUCAGCUUAAAUAGCUGAGUAGUUGAUGGUUUACAGAACAAAAAGAAGAAAGUACAAUCCGAUUUGGGAAAUUGGACAAAAUAAGAAGUUGGGCAUCAGUUUGGUAAUUUGCCAGAGACAACUUGGCUCCAGCUCCUAUACGCCGUCGUCUUGGUUGCAGGCGGGGCUUCCUUUGGAUACGGCGCCGUCUUCACUCCAUCACUUACUUCUUCUGGACACGGCGUCGUCUUCACUCCAAUGGUCGACUGGUUUGAAAGUUGCUGCUCUGCUUCUGCAUGCGAGAUUGGCGAAGAAAAACAAGUGUUUUCUCUGAUACCCCUCGCAAGCUGGUGGGCAAAUGUUGAGCACACCGAGCUUGGACAGGAGAUGAAGGAAUGUAGCUGGCGGGAGUGGUUUGGUGAAGAGGUCUGCAAGUUGGUGAACUGUGGAAACAUGGAGUAGUUUGAUUGUGUUAGAAAGAACCUUGUCGCGGACGAAGUGGCAGUCAAGCUCGAUUUGCUUCGUCCGCUCAUGGAAUGUUGGAUUCUCUCCGAUGUGGAUGGCUGAUUUGUUGUCGCAGUAGAGGAUGGCUGGUUGGAAGUGGUUAAUUUUGAAGUCUUGG